GUUUGCCGAAUGGUUGGAUGGAUGGUUGACUGAGUGUUUAGUUGCCAGAAUAGUUGGCUAUUUGGUUGAACAUAGGGGUGGCUAUUUGGUUGGCCGGAAGGUUAAGCGGAUGGAUAGCUUGAUAGCUGGCUAUUUAGUUGGUCGAAUAUUUUACAAUUUGGCCGAAUUAUGGGCUAUCUGGUUGGCUGUGUGGUUGGGCGGUUGGGUGGCUGGCCGAUUGGAUGGAUGGAUGGAUAUUAAAUUGGCUGGUCGAAUAUUUUACAAUUUGGUUGGCCGAAUGGUUGGAUGUAUGGUCGUCUGUAGUUCAGUUGGCUGGAUAGUUGGCUAUUUGGCUGAACAAAGGGUUGGCUAUUUAGUGGGCCACAUUAUUGGCUAUCUGGUUGGCCCUGUGGUUGGGCGGUUGUUGGCUAUUUGGUUGAACAAAGGGUUGGCUAUUUGGUUGACCGAAUGGUUGGCCGGAUGGUUAACGGAAUGCUUAGUUGGCUGUAUAGGUAGCUAUUUGGUUGACUGUAUGGCUAGCUAUUCGGUUGGCUUAAUGUUUCCUUGGCUUAAUAUUUGGCUAUUUGGCUGGCCCAAUGGUUGCAAUUUGGUUGGCCGAAUGGUUGGCUGA